CCCGCGUUACACCUCUGCCACUGCCCACAAGCAAAAUCCCAACUCAGAGAGAUGGCAGAAGAGCACGUUGUGAAUUCAUCCCCCGCCCCCGUCCCCGUCCCCGGCGGUAAAACCAUAGAGGAAUGCGAAGAAAUGAUUCGGAAAAGUUUCAGAAACCCAAUGGUGAAAUUCUUGAAGGAGCAUUUGCAGCAAGCUGGAUGUUCAUUUAAGGAUAAUUUCAUCAAAGCUGUCAAUUGUGACAAACCAAUUGGCGGGGGCUAUGUUAAUGGUGAAGGGAUAAUGGUGUGUAGUAAUCACAUGAGAAUGCAAGAUCAGGUCAACCAAGUAGUUAUACAUGAGUUAAUUCAUGCAUACGAUGAUUGUCGUGCUGCAAACUUGAACUGGACUAAUUGUGCUCAUCAUGCCUGUAGUGAGAUUCGUGCAGGCCAUUUAAGUGGCGAUUGCCACUACAAAAGAGAAUUGUUGCGAGGUUAUAUGAAGAUAAGAGGCCAUGAACAAGACUGUGUGAAAAGACGAGUUAUGGAAUCAGUGAUGGCUAAUCCUAACUGCUCAAAGGAAGCUGCAAAGGAUGCCAUGGAAGCAGUCUGGGAUAUAUGCUACAAUGAUACGCAACCCUUUGACAGAGCUCCAUGAGGCGCUCUUAAAGCAAUUUUCAAACGAGCUAAUACACAAAGAAUCAUUGACUGAGCAAACGAUUUUCUUUUGGAGCUUAAGUUAGCUGUGAUUUUUUGGUAGCAAUUAGUAUACAAUACUCAGGAGAUUACCUUUUUUUUAUUUGAAAAAAACUUAAUACAGGUCUCGGCGGUGGUCUGAGGACUAUUCCCGGUCUCACUGGAGAUAUAAUAAGUUGGACCUCAGACCCCGUAAAGGGCCCCUCUCAUUCUUUGUAGACCCAGAUCAUUUCUUAUUUUUCUCUCACUGCAGGUAAUGCCUGUGAUGAAAUAGUGGAGCAAGUGUUUAUUGAGCUGUUGUAUGGUUUUAGCCUUUUGAUUUAGCUUAUGGAGAAAUGUUACCUUUCAGUACGAUAAUUACUGGUGAAUUUGGUGAUC